GGCGGCCUGGGCGCCGGGACCCUCGGCGGCCUCAGGGGGACUGGGAGGAGGAGGAGGAAGAGGCGGAGGCAGCGGCGGCGAGGAGGAGGAGGGAUUGCUUGCCUGCUCCGACGCAGACAUGGUGGACUGAGUCCCUCCCGGGCCGAGAGCAGGGUUUCCUAAGGCGCCUCCCGCGCGUGGUUCCGCCGCGCCCCGCAGCCCUGCAUCCCCGCUCCGGGGAGCAGCGGCCGGGCGGGACAGUUGCGUUCCCGCCGCGUCCUGCGCCGGGUCCCUAUGGAGGCGCCGAUCGCCUGCGAGGCCGCCGAUCAUGCCUAGGAGGGCCGGGAGCGGUCAGCUGCCGCUACCCCGGGGCUGGGAGGAGGCCAGGGACUAUGACGGCAAGGUCUUCUACAUCGACCACAACACCAGGAGGACCAGCUGGAUCGACCCCCGGGACAGGUUAACGAAGCCCUUGUCAUUUGCUGAUUGUGUGGGGGACGAGCUGCCGUGGGGCUGGGAAGCUGGCUUUGACCCGCAGAUUGGCGUCUAUUACAUCGAUCACAUCAACAAAACCACACAGAUAGAAGAUCCGAGAAAACAAUGGAGGGGGGAACAGGAGAAGAUGCUCAAGGACUAUCUCUCGGUGGCCCAGGACGCGCUGAGGACGCAGAAGGAGCUGUACCACGUGAAGGAGCAGAGGCUGGCGCUGGCCCUGGACGAAUACGUGCGGCUGAACGACGCCUACAGGGAAAAGUCGAGUUCUCACACGAGCCUAUUCUCAGGAUCUUCAUCCAGUACUAAAUAUGAUCCCGAGAUUUUAAAAGCUGAGAUCUCUACUACACGAUUAAGGGUUAAAAAGCUGAAAAGAGAACUCUCACAGAUGAAGCAAGAACUGCUCUAUAAGGAACAAGGCUUUGAAACGCUGCAACAGAUUGAUAAAAAGAUGUCCGGAGGCCAAAGUGGGUAUGAACUUAGUGAAGCCAAAGCCAUUCUCACGGAACUGAAAUCUAUCAGAAAGGCUAUUAGCUCAGGAGAGAAAGAGAAACAAGACCUGAUGCAGAGUCUUGCUAAGCUGCAGGAGCGGUUUCAUUUGGAUCAGAACAUUGGCAGAUCGGAGCCAGAUUUGAGAUCCAGUCCUGUGAACUCUCAUUUAUCUCUGUCCAGACAGACCCUUGAUGCUGGGUCACAGACCAGCAUUUCCGGAGAUAUUGGAGUGAGAAGUAGAUCAAAUUUAGCUGAAAAGGUCAGGCUCAGCCUACAGUAUGAAGAAGCCAAAAGGAGUAUGGCCAACUUAAAGAUCGAGCUGUCAAAAUUAGACAGUGAAGCCUGGCCUGGGGCACUGGAUAUCGAGAAGGAGAAGCUGAUGCUGAUUCAUGAAAAAGAAGAACUUUUGAAAGAGCUGCAGUUCGUCACCCCGCAGAAACGCACGCAGGAUGAGCUGGAGCGCCUGGAGGCCGAGAGGCAGCGGCUGGAGGAGGAGCUGCUAUCCGUGAGGGGUGCUCCCAGCAGAGCUCUGGCUGAGAGAUUGAGAUUGGAAGAGAAAAGAAAAGAGUUGUUACAGAAACUUGAAGAAACUACUAAAUUAACUACUUAUUUGCAUUCACAACUUAAAAGCCUCUCUGCCAGCACCCUGUCCGUGUCAUCCGGGAGCAGCCUGGGCUCCCUGGCGUCCAGCCGUGGCUCUCUGAACACCUCCAGCAGAGGGUCACUCAACUCUCUGAGUUCCAGCGAGCUCUAUUACAGCAGUCAGGGCGAUCAGAUAGAUCCGGACUAUCAGUAUAGACUGGACUUUCUUCUGCAGGACAAAGGCGGCUACAUUCCCUCUGGGCCCAUCACCACCAUCCAUGAAAAUGAGGUGGCCAAGUCCCCCGACCAGCCUGGUCAGAGCAGACUCUCCGGGGUGACGGCCACCGCCACAGCCCACACUCCCUUGCUAACUGAGGCCCCCAAGUCUGUGACCUCCUUGUCCUCAAGGUCCUCCCUCUCCUCCUUGUCCCCUCCGGGCUCUCCCUUGGUUUUGGAAGGCACCUUCCCCGUGUCUCCCCAUGACGCCUCUCUGCAGCAGUUCACGGCCGACUUUGACGACUGUGAGUUGAGUAGCCAUUUUGCAGACAUUGGCCUGGGCGAAAAUUCCAUCUUGCUGGAUUCUGACUCAGGAGGAGCAUCCCAGUCUCUUCUGGAGGAUAAAGACCUGAGUGAGUGUGCUAGAGAGCCUCUGUGUGAAGGGGCUGCAGAUGGUGAAAAAUCAUUACCAAAAAGAAGAGGACUUCACUUGCUUGGGGACAAAACCACUUGCGUGUCAGCUGCGGUGUCCGAUGAGUCUGUGGCUGGGGACAGCGGUGUCUAUGAAGCGUUUGUGAAACAGCCCAAUGAAAUUGAAGAUGUCACAUACAGUGAAGAAGAUGUGACCAUUGUGGAAACUGCCCAGGUCCAGAUAGGACUCAGAUACGAUGCAAAAAGUGCAAGUUUCAUGGUGAUUAUAGCACAACUCCGAAAUCUCCAUGCCUUCUUGAUACCUCAUACUUCAAAAGUCUAUUUUAGGGUCGCUGUCCUUCCUUCCUCAACUGAUGUCAGCUGUCUGUUUCGAACCAAAGUCCAUCCGCCCACAGAGUCCAUUUUAUUCAGCGAUGUGUUCCGAGUAGCCAUUUCGCAAACAGCCUUACAACAGAAGACCCUGAGAGUCGACCUUUGCUCUGCCAGUAAACAGCGGAGGGAAGAGUGCCUGGCUGGAACUCAGAUCAGCCUCGCAGAUUUACCGUUCUCCAAUGAGAUUUUUACUCUGUGGUAUAACUUACUUCCUUCUAAGCAAAUGCCUUGCAAAAAGAAUGAAGAAGAAAACGAGGACUGUAUAUUUCAACCAGACCAGCCACUAGUAGAUUCUGUAGACUUGGAUGCAGUGUCAGCCUUGCUUGCAAGAACCUCAGCGGAGUUGUUGGCUGUGGAACAAGAAUUAGCACAAGAACAAGAGGAGGAUGAACCAGGGCAGGAAGAAGAGCAGAGGGGUCCAGAUGGAGAUUGGUUGACAAUGCUGGGAGAGGCCUCUGAUGAAAUUGUGGCUGAAAAAGAGGCUGAAGUUAAAAUGCCAAAGGGCAGUAGCUGUACAGAAGACUUAAGUUCACACACUAGUGUGUCCGGGAUUAACGAAGACAGCAGCCAGAAAGAAAAUAACUGUGCCAAUGACCUGAGAAGCCAACCACCUGCUGGAAUACCAACCCUGGUCGAUAAAGAGACAAAUACAGAUGAAGCGGCCAGUGACAACGUGGCAGUUCGCCCCAAAGACCGCAGCGGCCUGAGCGCCCCGCAGCACCCGCUUGUGAGAAGCAGCGUGAUUGUGCGUUCCCAGACCUUUUCCCCAGGACAGCGGAGCCAGUACAUCUGCAGGUUAAAUCGGAGCGACAGUGACAGUUCAACCCUGGCUAAAAAAUCACUGUUUGUGAGAAACUCCACUGAACGGCGCAGUUUGAGAGUCAAAAGGGCUGUCUGCCAGCCAGUCCUUAGAAGAACAGCCCAAGAGCGCCCUGUGCGCACAUCUCUGGACCUGGAACUGGACCUGCAGGCCUCUCUGACACGGCAGAGUCGCCUCAACGAUGAGCUGCAGGCCCUGAGGGGCUUGCGGCAAAAGCUGGAGGAAUUGAAAGCUCAGGGAGAGACUGACCUUCCACUAGGUGUACUGGAGGAUGAGCGGUUCCAGAAGCUCCUGAAACAAGCCGAGAAGCAGGCUGAACAGUCCAAAGAAGAGCAGAAGCAAGGUUUGAGCGCAGAGAAGUUGAUGAGGCAAGCCUCCAAGGACGUGUGUCGACUGCGGGAGCAGAGCCGGAAGGUGCCUCGGCAGGUGCAGUCCUUCAGGGAGAAGAUUGCCUACUUCACCCGAGCGAAGAUAAGCAUCCCAGCCCUGCCGGCUGACGACGUCUGAGCACACGACUUAAGAAGUGUAUUUUUUCACCUGUUCACUUGGUGAGGGAGGGCAAAAGACUGAACGUUUGUUUGUUUGGUUGGUUUGGUUGGGGUUCUAGGGAUUUUUUUUUUUUCUUUUUGGUAAAUAACUGUCAACUCUUGAACUUUAUUUCACGUCAGAUUUUCCACACAUCUAUUUGUAAAGUACCUUGAAUGUAAUUCUUAUAUCCUCAAGAAGAGAAGAAAAAUCAGGUAACAGAAAUGGGAUGAUCUGGUACACCAGUGUUGCACAGUCUGCGUGUGUUGCCAACUGACUAUAUUAUAGAAAAACAGAGUAGAGGUAGUGCCAAGCGCCUGCUCUGCUGAGCUGACUGCUGAGAAGGUGGUUUAGCUUUUCCUCUAUUUUCUUCGGAGCAGACUGUGACAAUGGCAACAGAGCCGUGGGACAUCUUUGUACUCCAGAGCAGCUCUUUCAGAGCUCCACACGAGUGUAGGAUGAAGCUUAGAGUCCACAGUCCCUUGAAAUAGGCGCUGGGUUCAUUUCCUGCACCUAGGAUGGGACACUUGGUUUCUUUAAAACAAUUUCCUUUUCUGUCCUUUUAUAUUUGCUUAAAAAAAACCUAUGAUAUAAAAUACUGAGUCUAGGAUAUAAGGAUGCAAAGGAAGCAAGGCUCCUGGCUACACUCCAGAUCUUGAAGGCUGUGUCACUGAGAGUGGAGGGGGGGGAGAGGGAAGCGCCACUUCCCCAAAACACACUGCAUUGAAUUCAUCAAAUGAGUGGCUGCUUCAUCUAUAGCACCUGAACUUGCACAUGUCCAAAUGUGGUUUCUGGCUCACACCAGCGUUUUGUCCUAGAUAGGAGGAUGAUGCUGUGUUGGCCCUGUGUCCUAAGGUCAGAUAGUCCACAGGAUGUGGAAGAAGAUGGGUCAGGACUCAUUUGGUGAGACCCGGAGCAGAGGGAAGAUGAUCUUGAUCAAAUCAAAAUUGCCAAAAAUAAUUUUUAAAAAUAGUUCGUCAAACAGAUUUUUUAAACAUUUAUUAGAAAUUACCUUGCAGCUGUCAUUUUUAGGGGCCCUAUAUACAAUUUAUGGUAAAUAGUCAGGAGACGAAAGGAAAAGAAUGUGUCUAGGGAAAUUAUUAAUCUGAAAUAUAGGCUGGAUCGUUUGUGCGAGAUGAGAGCGAGAAAUUGACUAUUGCAUCUUCCAGUUCAGAAUUUUAGCUCACCCAGCCCUGGCACUUUUCAAAAGAAACAAACCCUCUGUGUAGCUGCUGCCAGCAUAAAGGCUUUAAAAAUUCAUAAGCGUUUAGGCAAUUUAAAAUCAUAUUUUUUAUGCAGUUUGUUGUACUAGAAGAAGCAAUUUUUGGUUAGCCAUCAUAGGGAGCAAACCAAAUCAAUUUCUUUUUUAAGAAAUGCAAAAUUUUCUUAAAUUGGCCCCUUAAAGAAAAAAAAAAACUCCCUUCCUAAUCUAGAAUCCUGAUUGACAAGAUUUUUGUCUGUCUUGUUUUGGAAAGUUCACCUUAACUGAAUCAAAGUAAGCAAUUUCUGAGCCUAGAGCUUUAUGUUUUCCUAAAUGUCCCACCACUUCUGUAUCCAUUUCUUUGAAGACGUAACUGGACAUGACACUACUCUGAACAAACACCAGCCCAGUGAAUGGCUGAGCGCCAUCCUUCAAGGCUGCCCUGGUCAUUCUUUCAGAUAACCAAGGAAAAUGGAAAAAAAGAGCACCGUUCGCCCUUACCAAGGUCAAAUGUGAAAGACAGAAGUUUAUUUAAAGUAGAGAUAAAUGAAGGGCAGCUGUUCUCAGCUUCUUAGUUUGACCAUAAAAAUGUUUAUAGAAUUAUGUGUAGUUGUACCGUACGAUUUUAUUUUCUUCAUUUAUUUAUUUACGGCCUUAUUUAUGUUCUGUUUAAUAUAUAGUUUGGUUCUGGCCAUUUUAAAUGUCUGACAUAGAAGAGGUUAUAUUGGAAUAUUCACAGCUUUAUAAAUCUUCAUCAGAUUGGCUGUUAACUUUUUGUAAUACAAAAAGUUUCAGACAAGUAUUAAAGAAUAAAAUCUGUCUCAGGCCGGUAGUAAACAGUUGUGACCAAGAUGUUUUUGGUUUUAUUUUACAAAAAGUGCUCAUUUCUAACAUGAGAGAUGGACUUAUUUUAAAUAUUUCUUUUGCCACAGUUUAAAACUCAGCAAUAGUGUUAUGUAUUUAUAGGCAACUUUUAAUAAUCCUGUCAUAUUUGUACUAACCCACAUGAUUCACAGUGAUGAAACAUUUUAAUAACUUGAUCACAAAACCAUAUGGACAAAUAUGAAUUUUAAUAUUAUAAAUACUAUUUUUAAAAAGUAGACUUUAUUCUGCACAGGGUAAAAAGAAUGUAAUAUUUAGUUCUCAAGUUCGAAUUAUCAGUAUAUUAUUACAAUUUUGUAUAUCAGAAUCUUAAGUGUUACUGGUACAAAAGGAAUAUUACUAGCCAAAUGAACAAAGUUCAGCUGAAUCUCUGUAGCAUGCAAAUCAAAUAAAUUUAAAAUCUUCUUUCUUUGUUAUUGCUUUAUCUAUGUUGAAUUAAAUAUCAAAAGCUCAGGACUGAACUAAGUAUUUAAUCAGGUUAAAUUCUGGAUGUUUCUGUUUUAAUUUGUCUUGUUUGUAAAAGUAUGCAAAUACAUUGCUUAGAUUAACUUUGGUUUCUGCACUUUCCAUGUGUUUGUGAGUGGGAAAAAAUUCAGUGUUUUUUUUUCCCCUAAAACAAAGAUACAUAUUGCCUAAUACUUCAUUUUCGUGUCAUUUAUUGUUCAGUUAAUUUUCCCGAUUGGCACAAACACAAGUGUUUAUUCGAACCGUGUACCAGGCAAAUAUAAAAUCUUUCAUGAAGA